UUCCAACGCUCACAAAGCCGGAAAAGAAGACAUUCGUACUUUCGAUUUGUGAGUUUGUACAAACAUACAGUAACUUAAGAUCCACAGAGACGAACUGAAGAAGAAGCCAUGAAGACGUGUGUCUGCGCAAUUCUGGUCUGCCUGCUCUGCCUCCCCGCUUCAAGAGCCAAGUCAUCUGCACCAGCUGUUCAGGUGUACAGUCGGCGACCGGGAGACGUCAAGGACAACACUUUGGUCUGUCACGUGACCGGCUUCUACCCGCCAGAUAUCCGCAUCGAGCUGACCCAGAACAAGCGGGAGAUGCCCGGAGCUCAACAAACAGACCUGGCCUUCGAGGAGAACUGGCACUACCACCUCAUCAAGCACGUGCCCUUCACCCCGCACAAAGAAGACACGUACGCCUGCAACGUGACUCACAUGGGGCGCUCCUCGAUAUAUACCUGGGAACCGGACAUGUGAGCGCUGUGCUCCGCCGUGCUCCAGCUGUGUUUUAUAAUGUCUUUGUUUCGGUUCAUUGUGUGAGUAGCACAGAUUUGUCUCUGAUCGUGAGGUUUUAUUUUGAAGGCACUCGAGGCACUUUUUAUCAGAAAUACCAAUUGACAAAAAAGCUUUAUUAAAGAUUAACUAAACCACCCCAAACCACUUCGUUGUGUAUCAUAGCUGAUGGGUUCAGGUCCAAACGUAGACAUUUUAGUGCAAAUUAUCAGGAUUCUACAUACUGUGUCAAGCCCAGCAGUUCAUGUGCUGUUAUCUUAUGUAACUGUAAUGUGGAAACAUGGUGGAAUUAGUAGUAAAUAAUUAUUUUAGAAAAUAAGCACGUCUUGAUUUUUCACCAUCUAGACAAAUUUAUUUGUGUAUUAUGCUUGAUCUGUAAAGAAUAAAGGACAGUCAUUUUAACUCUACUCCUUCUUUUUAAUGUCAUUCACAGUGCUCUUUAAUGACCUUGUACACAUUUGUUCUUAUGAAAUAAGGAUUACUCUGUAAAUGUGUUGUAUACAAUGUGGCCAGGUAAUAAAUGUGUCCAUAACA